AACCUGGUCAACGCAUUGCUCACAGACAUGUAUCAAAUCACCAUGUGCUAUGCUUACUUUCGAACCAAACGACACAACACUCAUGCUGUCUUCGAUCUUUUCUUCCGCCAAAACCCGUUCGACGGGGAGUACACCAUCUUCGCCGGGUUGAGUGAGGUCAUAGCCUUCAUGAGCAACUAUCGCUUCACGGACGAGCACAUCGAGUACCUCAAAAUCCCUGACGCCACUGAAGACUUCUUCGAGUACUUGAGAUCGCUUGAUUGCUCUGAGGUCAAGAUCUACGCCUUCCAGGAGGGUUCCGUUGUCUUUCCUCGCGAGCCUCUCCUGCGUGUCGAGGGGCCCGUCGGGAUCUGUCAGCUACUGGAGACAACGUUGCUGUGUAUCGUCAACUAUGCUUCUCUCGUGGCGACCAAUGCUGCAAGGAUGCGCAUGGCUGUUGGCCCCAACAAAACGCUGCUGGAGUUCGGCCUACGACGAUCUCAGGGGCCUGACGGGGGAGUGAGUGCGUCGAGAUAUUCCUACAUUGGAGGUUUCGACGGGACCAGCAAUGCUCUAGCUGGGAUGUUGUUCGGCAUGAAAGUCGGAGGGACCCACGCGCACUCGUUCGUG